GAUAAUAAGGAUUAUUCCUGUAAAGUUAGAUUAGCACUAUUGUCCUCAUUGUCCUCAGAAUAGCCUUGAAAUAGUAUCAUCUGGGAAAACGAAAUGAUAUAGGAUCGGCUGAUUUAUAAAAUCAUCUGACAUUUUAGGCUCUUCAAAUGCAGGACUAAGAAACCAUUGACAAUCUAACCUUAAUUUUUAUUUUAUUAUAAUUAUUAUUUCUAGUAAAAAGUAGACUGCUUUCAUUUGUCUGCAGUGUUGGCCACAAGCGUCAAGUCAAGUAGUACUCUCCGAUCUCCAUUAGUGACUCCAAGUUAUACGCUUUCCGAAGAAUUUGUCCAAUCGUACGUCAAAACCUAUUUUAGGACAUUAACAAUAAUAUUCAAUUUAUCCUCUCAAUUAUAUAAUCUUUAUUAUCCUUUCAAAUUAUUACGUUUAAUUUUGUGUAGCAAAAAAUCAAUAAACCUAACCUAUAAAUUUUCCUGAGAUGAGAUUACGCUUGUGCUCCAUUGUUUACAUGUAGCAAUGUUUACUUCCGCUAUAAAACUAAAUUCUUUAUUUCACCUUUUAUGUCUAUAAAUAACGUUGAUUCCUUGACAUUUUUUUAUAACAAAAUGCCGAGUUAUUUGUUAUUCUUCGAACAAACUAGAUCUCAGUGAUGAUUCGGCUAUAGGCUAUGUAGCUACAGUGAUUAUACAUCAUUGAUUUUUCAAGAUGGGUGGAACUAAAUUUCUGGUACAAUGGGAGGAGCACCCCACGCACCUGGCCACCAGGCUGGGAUACUUGCUGGAGCAUCAGUCCCUCGUCGACGUCACCCUCAUGUGCAACACACACACACUCAAAGUCCACAGAUCAGUUCUGGCCGCUUGCAGUCCAUAUUUCGAGUCACUUCUACAGAGGCAGCUGGGCAACCACCCGCUGAUAGUGCUCAAGGAUAUGAAGUUCUCGGUGCUCAAGUCGCUGGUCGAAUUCAUGUACUGCGGCGAGACCAGCGUCGCCGAGGAAAAUCUCAAUCCGCUCAUGGAAGCUGCCAAAUUCUUCGAGGUGAAAGGAUUAUCUUCUAUGACGAAAGAAGCAAUCAGUGAUCAAACUUCGCCCACUCAGAGCUCUGUGCCUUCUGUCAAUGGAAUUUCACCAUCAGGGAGAGGUGGAAGAAGGCCGGGAGCAGGCCGAGGUCGUAGAACGGCCUCCAUUCCGAUGGCGCAGGCCAACCCGCCCACUGAGUCGGCACAGAUACUGCUGUCACUGUCAGGCAACCCCGGCCGCCACGCACGUCUCACACCCAACCAGCGGCUCAGCAAGGUCUUCACGCAGGAUGGAACCAUCAUCGACGCCCCCAAGACCCUGGUCAGGAACGGAAACAUCUUGGCGGCAGCUGGCGACAGACCCGCCCGGGGAGGAUUCGAACCUCGGCGCCGGGGCCGCAGGCGAAACCCCACCAACCUCAUGUACGGACGCAACAACAACGUUGCUUUCAAAGAAUCCGAAGCCAGUCGCAUCGCCGUCGAGAACCUGAAGAAGGAAAUGGACGGCCAGGCUGACCAACCUGAUGAUCCCAACGACAAACUUACCCUUUGGAACACGAACACUAUCGACAAAUCACCCCUACUUGCUUCACUCCUUUCGAAAGCUGAAAACUCGAAACUGAAACUAGGAACCGACGGUAAUGUGUGCGAGAGUACCAGUGCGGUAAGUGGUGAGCAGGAAACAGUUUCCUAUCCAGCGGAUGGUGAAGGAGUGUCCAGCUCCAACGCCAAAUACUUGGAAGCUUUGAAGGUGGCUGGCUUGCCGACCGACGUGCCCAUUCUCAUUGACAACGGCGACGGAAACUAUGUCACACUCACCGAGGAGUUUCUCAUGAACGUGAUGGAUGGAAAAGAGGAGUAUCAGUUCCAGGUGACCGAGGGGUCGUCCGAAGUGCAGGAGGUGGGCGAGGGGAUCGUGCUCCAGGACGGCACCAUUGUCAUGGACAGAAAGCAGGUGCCGCUCGAUAUCGACAAGAACUUGGUUUCCUCCAGUGGUGACAAGAAGGACGUCAUUCGUCCAGUUCGUCAGCUGCUUGUUAAGGAAAGACAUCCGACAAAACAAAGUGAUUCGACAACUGUGGUCUCGCCUCUCAAAUCCGCAGAAGAAUCGAUCAGCAACAACGGAAGUAAACGAUCUGUCCAGGAGAUAAUCAGCGAAGCAGCAAAAGCUGAACUUGAUCCAGAUGCUGUAAUACUCAUUGAAGAAACUGAAAACUCUAAGUUUGAAAAGCAUGUCUUAUCAUCUAAGGAAAUAAAUGCUUUGAAGGCACUCAACGAACAGAUGCAACAAUUGAAAAAGCAGACUAGCGAUUCGUCCACUGUUCCUGUCUCACCAUUGGCUGACGUUGGGCUGAUAGGUGGCAACACGCAAAUAGCCGAACUCAAACUCAGUCUUGGUAAAUCGAAAUCGUCAAAAUCGAUUCUGUCUCAAAUGCUCGAGUGUGUUCAAGGUCUCGGUCUCGACGACCCAUUAAAAAAGAAAAAGUUUUUAGAGGACGCUACGCGGAGAAUUGAAGAAUUGAAGAAGGCGGAGACAGAGACGGAGACAUCGAGUGUAGAGAAUAAAACGCAAAAAGUGAAAGGACAGCCCAAGUUGAUGCAACUGGAGAUCAUUGAUGGCGAUGGCGAGCGAAUCAAAGGCUUCCAGGUGGAAGUCGAGUCAAAUGAAGGAAUCAACAAUGAUAAGACCUCGCAAGAAACUUGUGAGAAAUCGGAUGAUUUUAACACAUCUAAAGAACAAAUUGUCAUGGAUAGGUUACCAUCGUUGAAAGAUGACAUCGAAGAAACCGGACAAAAGCCGUUCAUUGUAGAAGAUCAACACAUAACGCAAAACGAAUUUGAAGAGAUCAUUGAUGAAAGUGUGAAUAAUGCGGACAUUAGUGCUAAGGAUGAUGACAUGUUGAAUCUAUUAACUAUGGACAGUGACGUUGCUGGAUGUGAGAAAAUUCCAGAUUGCAAUGUACCUGACAUUGGUCAUAGAACAGUACAAAAUUCAAUCAAAGAUGACGAAGAUUUAUUAAUUCAUAACUUCAACCAGGAAGAGUUUGGAUUGAGUAACAACGAUCCUCUCCCAGAUAAAGAUAAUGUGCGGGAGGAGGAGAAUUUGUGUAAAGGAGGAGAGGAAGGCACAGAACAAGCAAUGGGUAAGGAAGCGGAGGGGGAGAACUUGUGCCUUGAUGAGCAACAAAAUAUGGAUAGAUCACUUGUUGAAAACGGUUUGGUAUUAAAUGAUAAAGGUUUGUCAGUUGAACAAGCUUUGGAAGUAAUGAUGGGUGAUCCACUUAUGAAAAAAAUGAUCAAAAAAGAUGACAUCGACGAAGAUUCUAGUCAGCCUGUGAACGACCAGGCAGUUUUAUUACCCGAGGUAACAAGCGAUGAUUCAGAGUUACAGCUGGCACUGGAAACCAGCCAACAGGAUGAAUCGAACAGCACACAGGAGUACCAAGUGGUGUACGUGUCUGAGAAGGAUGAGAUGGACAGCCAGAACUCGCAGGAGAUUGUGAUUGUGGAGCCGGCUGACGAGAUGGUGUUGGACAAAGAGGAGGACAUGUUGGAUGCGCUGGUCUCUCUCAAGCAACAGCAGCAGGAGGAAGAGGAGAAGGGGUCCCCCAAGCGGAGGCGAUCCAUGGAUCCCGAUCAGAUACUAGGGCUGGAUGAGGGAGGAGGCAAACGUCUCAAGCUGGUUGACUCUAGUGGCGAGGAGUCGUGUGGUGACCCUCUAAUCAACCUUGUCGAAACAUCAGCUGAUCAAGAUCUCGCGCUCAAUUGUGACGACAGCCCCUCGUGAGACUAAUCCACAACCUCACAUUGUUUAUCAUUUUGCAAACUUGUUCGAGUUGAAACUUUUCUAUGCUACAAGCAAAACAACAAACAUUGAGCUUUUCUACUGAGUGGUUCAUGUACUGUAUAUAAGAUGCUUUAAUUUUUAGAUUGUAUUUGAAUAAUUGAAGAGGAGAAUAAUUCAAUUGAUAAAAGUACAACUUAUAUCUAUAACUUGUUUAUUGAACGAAUGUUCAUCACACUCGUUUAUGAAUUGGGGAUUUGAGAAACUUAUAACAAUUGACACAUUUAAUGAACGAUUGUUGUUCACUAUCAGUUUAUGAAUUGGUUUUCUAAGAAGCCAUCAGAUCAUUUACUCGUUUAUUGAACGAAUGUUCAUCACAAUUAGUUUAAAUCGUUUAAUUUAUGAAUUGGUUUUAUGAGAAUAUUGUUUUCUGGUUUCAGUUAAUAUAAUUAUGCUUUUGAUGAUUUCUUGUUUGUGAUUUUCAUUCAAUUGUUGGAGAUUUAGUAUUGUAACCGUAGGAUUUUAUAUUUUUGUCUGUAACUAGCUCAACUCAGAUCAACUUUUCAAAUCCCACAAAAAUGUUAUUGUUAAAACUCAUUAUUUAUUUGUUAACUGAGAAUAUUGAUUCUCCUUUGAAAUUUUCUCGUAUGAACAAAUUUAUUUUCCAUGAAGUAUUCGAAUAAUUCAAGAUAGCAGUUCGUAGCUUUAUUCAAUAGAGUUUUUUAUGAAAUUAGGGUUGGGGGAAUUUUAUUGAAUAUUUUUUAUUGCAGUUUUCCAAUUAGGGCUUGGGGAAUUUUGUUGAAUUUUCAUUGCAUUGUUUUAAACAAUUUUCCAAUAAAGCAAAAGUUUAACAUCUUAAAAACCUAUUCAAUCAUCCAGUGGAGAAGUUCCAUUGUUCAAAAUAAUUAUAUUUGUCUGCUGAAAGAUUACAUUUUAAAACAAUCAAUUUCUUCAAUUCAGUUUGAUGUUUUAUUUGAAAUUUUAGUUUUGCUUUUUUAUUUCUUUAAAACGUUAAUGCUCUAAAAGCAAAGGAAUUACCAUUUGCGUUAUUACAGUGAUCAUAAGUUAGGUACUUGUUCUAUUUUCAGUUUCAAAUUGUGAAACACCGUAAAUAAAUCCUUCUGUUUUUUUAUAUUUCUUGAAAUUGAUAUUGCAUUUUGAUAUCUUUAAUACAAGAAAAUAAAAUAUAAUUUUAUUAAAUCGUUAAUAAAAUUUCGAUUUUGAAACUUGUCUCAUAAGUUUACAUGACAUGAAAAUUUCACAAAAUAAUAAUACUUCAGAAACAACAAAGCCCAAAGGUAUAUUACCAGUUUGGGAAAAUCAAGAACUUCAUUUUUUAUAUGCAGUAACUCCCCCAUUGUUGAGGAUUUAAAAAUGGAAAGAUAAUAAAUGACGAAAACUAUAACAGAAAAUUACUAUGCUCGAGAAGUGAAUGAAACAUUGUUAAUGAUAAUUUUGACUUAUGAAGUACAUUUGAACAACAACCAAGAAUCAAAAUUUUAUCUGAGUUGAGUUACUGACUAAUGUAAAUAGUUGUUAAUAAUGUAAUUAUGCACAUAACAUGUUUGUUCUAUGAUCGAAGGUAGUAUCAUGCUAGAAAAUUUACCACAGUUAACACAUUACAUCGCUGAUGUAAAAUUGAAGUUCAACUUGAUUAAAAAUUUAGAUUCGCUUGUAAGAGCUUUGACUUCUUGCUUUCAAGGUUUUGUUAUUUUAACUAUUAUCCGAUAUAUUAUUUCUCUAAUUCUUCACAAAUCGAUUGGAUUUCUACAUUCUCUAUCUUACAUUCUGAUUUCACUGUAGGCUACUUUAAUAUACCUUAUGUUUCCGUAGAUUCUACUUUUACUUAUUAAUAAUAAAUUAUUAUUAUGUUUUAAACUUGGUGAAAUGUAUUGUGAAUAAUCUUUGCUUCUAUCAUAGAUCAUUAAAAAAUUUCCUACGAUUUGAAAUAGACAUGAACAGACUAACUACAAAACCGAAUCAAUAUUAGAAAAAAAGAUUCGUUAAUAGCGAAUGUAAAUGUAAUUUCAUAGAACGAUUGUUUUCUAGUUCAUAACCCAAAUUCAAUUUCCAAUGCAGUAUUUUUUAAUUCUAAUUAAACAUUUUUCAAAUCACGUAUUAAAUGUUAAAAAUAUUCCUCUUUGUAAAAGGUUUACAAUUCAUUUAUUACUGUGCAUUUGUUUUAUCGAUUAACAAAGAUCUAAAUGCUAGUUCAAAUCUGCUCCCUAUCCUUAUUAUAAUUGAAAUUAUUCAUGAUUUUAAAAAUGUUAUUUUCUUUUUUCGAAGUGAAUGUUUUACAUACUCUUCUUAUGGCGGGGAAACUGCUAAAACAAUGAUUUCAUUUCAGAAUAUUUAAUUUUAAUCUAAUAAUAUAUGUUGUGCUGAAAUUAAUAUUUUUUUCCAGUAAACUGUCUUGAAUCUCUUUCAAGAGUUUCACACGAUGUUGACCCUUUGGUUCCGAUAAGAACCUGAGUUCCAUGAUAGUAGUAAUUAGGUUUUCAUGAAUUUCAGUUGAAAGGCAUACAAAUAAUUUGAAUUAGACUAAGGUUUCUAUAAUAUUCCUUACACUCUUCAAUACUCCUUACAAUUAUUGUGAAUAAUUUAUGCAGGAUGAACGUUUGUGAUGGUUUUAUGUGUGUCUUGCUUUUAGAACUUUUCAAAUAUUAACACAAUUACUGAAACCAUACUGUUCACUCCUCAGAAUCAUAUAUCAGUCUUUACUAUAUCAUAGCAUUGAUCUCAUUAUCCAAUUUUAGUUUUAUCUCUUAGUUGUAACAAUUUUUUUAAUUGUUUGGAUAGGAUUAUAACUCAUCAACUUGAUAUUGAUUUUUAAGCUUUGCUUACUUACUUAAAUUUGUUCCCCCUUCAAGUUGAUUCUUCAAACCAAAAAGUAUUUCAAAUGGUCACUUGGGAAUACUCAUAUUAUUAAUUUAAUUUAUUCUUGUUUGAACUUUUCUGUAACACUGUACUCUAUGUUUUGAACGAUUUAUAUCACGCUUAUUGUGCUGCAGUCUCCAUUGAAUAUAAAAUAUUAUAUUCUUUGAAUUUUUCCCUGAGGAUGGUGUUCACUAGACUUGUUUGUGGAAGGGAUGAUGAUGAUGAUAGAUACAUUAACCUAGAAUUGAAACAUCGUUCCUAACGCAGGGAAGCAAAUAUUUUUUAUUGGAAUCUCUUCUCAUCCCACAAUAUUCAGUUGUGUUUAUUUUUGUUGGAUAAUUCCUCUCAAAUGGUUCUACAGUUCUAUCUUUAAUCUCAUAAAGUCAUAUCUGUGUUUUUAUGUCUACAAUUUGCUAUGAAGUUUUAUAAACUUCAUGAUUGAUAUUAAUUAUUUAAAUGUUUUAUUUUUGGGGUAAUUAUUUAUUUUAGGUUAAUUCUUAUAGAGAAAAUACUAUGCGACUAAUUUUUAUGUAAACAUCCAUAAUUCAGUAACCUUAUUGACGUAUUGAAUUUUAAUAUUUAUAUAUUUCAAUGACUUGGAAUUCAAGAUGAAUUCGUUUUGUACAAUAGAAAAGGAUUUGUUUUAGUGAGUAAGACUCACUGAUUCUAAUUUGCCAAAUAGAUUAUUAAUUAGUGUUGAACAAAAUAUUAUUAUUAUUUUUUAUUAAAAUAGUAUUUUUACACAAUGUUAAAUAAAUAAAACAGGGGCC